AUGGACCCUUCCAAGAACACAAAUUCUACCCCAAACAACUCUCCCCCGAUUUCCCCUUCACACUCUCCAUCUGAACAUGAUAACACCCCCACUGAAACAAACCCUAUCCCUGAGGCCGAGGGUUCUUCUGAAAAUGUUAUCAUGAAAACUGCCGAGGAAGUUUGGGCUGAGUUAACUGCGGGUGAUGAUGAAAUAUACGGAAAUGAAAGUGGUGAUGGUGGUAAUGAAGACGACGGAGACCAGGAUGGUGAUGCCUCUAGGUCUCUGGUGAUCGCUGUUACUGCGGACGGUGUAAAUGUGCCUGUGAUGGGAAGUGGUGGUGGUGCUGGUGGUAGUGGUAAGGGCUCGAAGAAAAGAAAAAGUAAUCAAGUUAGAAACCCUCCUCAAGGAACUCCAACUUGUCCAAAAUGUAGAAGACAGAUUGCGACAUGGAAGGCAGCGUUUGGACACAUGCGAAAACACCCCGAAUGCCUGCACCGUGGUUUCUUUUCGCCACCUACUUUUGAACCACCACAAUUGCCUGCGGUUGAGGGUGAUGGUGGUAAUCAGGUGGAUGAAGAAGUGCAACAUGUUGUUAGAGGACUUGUUGUUGAUUUGAAUCGCUCCCUUACAACAGAGGAAGGGCCUUCUGCCGGCGGCGGCAGUGGAGGAAAAAAGAGAAGCUAA